AUGUCCGUGGAAGAGGCCAUCUCGAACAUUCCCGAUGAGGUUUUAGAUUACCUGGUGCAACAGCGACAGCGCGAACGGGAAUUGACCAUCGAGAAGGAUGUUCUUAAGGAACGCAUCAAAAAGCUGCAGAACAUCCUAAAAUUACUGGAAGGUCGCGAUAAUGGACUCACCUGUACCGUUUCUGGGGGCAAUAUCUACCAGCAGAGCACCGUGGAACAGGUGAGAAGCAGUCUGCUUGCCAAUCUAUCCAUCUCGAUGGUACUCUUCGUCAAAACCCAUCGGCAGCUGGUAAGAUUACAGCAAGAUUUGCACCAGGACUACGAGACGGUGUGUGACAAUGCCAGCAGGAUCGGGACUACAAACUGAAUUUUUGUUGCAAUAAAAUUAAAUUCGUUUAUAAAAAGAAAGAAAAUAAAUUCAGUAACCGGGAAAUAA